CGCAACCAUUGACCUACUAACACAUAUUUCUAGAAAGGCAGCAGCACAAAGUAGAGCAAAGUGUCCGGCAGCGCACAACACAGGGGCGGCCCGAGCCAAGAGACAGAAAGUGGACACACGGACACACACAAACGACUGAGCCGAGCGCCGAGAGCAAAGAAGGAGCAACUUUUUUGUCCUGUGGAGCUUUUUGUCUACAGAGAAGGAGGAAACGGCAGCGAGACAGCUUUUGUGUCGGGGAAGCCUGAACGUUGUGUUCCCCUCCUCCACCAUAUCAAAGCACCGCCGUAGCACAGCAGCGCUGACGCUGGAUCCUCAGGGAGCUUAAAAAGUAGACAGCCUGACUGACCUACAUCUCCUAAGACGCUGUGAGGAGCAGCGCUGUGGCCUGACGAGCGUCAAAGCUGUCCAGAACAUUUGGGAAAACGUCAGUAAACUCCAGUUCGCCUCCUGAAGGACUCCAGAGACUUGUUGUGUGCGCCAGUACAACCGUGGAACUCCAAAUACAAAAUAGUUUCUUUUUCACGGCUUUUCGUUGGGAGGUCCAGUUCAAUGUCUAAGAUGUUCAUGGAAUUCCAUCUUUUCUUAAUCUUCUUGGCGAAUUUGGAUACUUGAGCAUUCCAAUUUAGAAAAGAAUUGGCAUAAACGCAUAAAUCAAUGAGGCUCUCUCUUAGAAGUGCACAUAUACCUCAUUUCGAAGUUUUUGCUGGUCCCACAACAUAGUUAAAACUCUGUUUUAUAACAAAACAUUUGUGCUAUUGCUGUGCGUCUUUCCCUUCACCACCUUGCCGGAGUUCCACUCUGGCCCUACUUGGGCAAAAAUGGAAAGCCAGAGUCUACACCUUCCAUCAACCAGCAACAAAAAUGCCAUGGAGGUGGACACUUUUACUCCCUAUGGCAACGGCCUGCCAUCCCCUGUUCCCGAGGGUGGGGCGCGGGCCACCCGCCCGGGUAAAGGUUCCAAGCCCACUGUGACGUCCCGUCGCAAGCGCGAGUUCAUCUCUGAUGAGAAAAAGGAUGAUUCAUACUGGGAAAAACGGAGGAAGAACAAUGAAGCAGCAAAACGCUCGAGGGAGAAGCGGCGCCUGAAUGACAUGGUACUAGAGAAUCGGGUCAUGGCACUGAACGAGGAGAAUGUUCGUCUAAAAACAGAACUGCUUCAGCUCAAGUUGCGCUUUGGCCUCAUCAGUACAGCGUCCUACAUGGAGAAAAGCCAGCAGAUCUCUAGCAGUGCUGCUGGUGGUAACACGAGUAGCAAUUUGAGCAGCACCAAUGGCACCCCCAAUAGUAAUGCCUACCUCUCAAGUAGCGGCUACUCCAGUGCCUCCCAGGUGAUGCUCAACUCGGACUCUUCUGAAACGGAGCAGUCCAUCCGCGGCGAGCGCCACACCACGCUCCACAAGUACUCUCCGAGGGGAUCCGUCUCGGACAUGUCUGACGGUUCCUCCAGGGACAGCCCGGAGCCUUUGGGCUACAACAUAAAGAAGGAGCCUUCCGGCAUGGAAAUGGCCAGACUGGAAAGCGAUGGGGUGCCAAGUCGGGUCUACCAUGGCAACCACCCCACGUUGGUGUCUCCUCACCUGCAGGUGGUGUCGCUGGCUGAAGAUACCACAGACUACCAGCAGCCCCAGCAUCAGGCCUACAUGGAGGCCUCCAGCUCCGCUCCCCAAACCACUUCUUCACAACGGAGUGUCAUCUUGUAUCGUUCUAGCAGCGGUUGUUACCCCAUGGAGAGCCAGAGGCCAAGCGAGCAGCAGAGCAGGCCGCAGCAGCAUGGCCAGCACUCCUUGACCGCCAAAUUCUCCGACUGCUCGGUGACCAUCACGGAGGUUGCGGAGAAGCUAGAGAGGGCAAAGACUGUAGACUGUGAGCAGUAUGAAUACGCCAAUGACCACGUUGAGUCGGCCGAGGAGCUGCAAGAACGGUACAAUGGCCAGCAGCAGCAUGAGAGCCAUCAUGGACCUUACAGCUACCGGGCUCAGCAGAACAGCCUUGAGCAAGCUGACAGCCACAACCCCUUCGCCCCCAAUCUGAUCCACAGCACUGAGGAGGGCAUGUCAGUGUUCACACAGCACAAUGGCUACCUCAACACACUGGAUGAAGAGCCUCCUGUUCUUACCUAUGAAGGAGGCCCCAGAGCUGAUGAUGCCUUCUACCAAGAGAAUUCCUCCACUAAAGAUACAUCAUCCAGCGAUGGGGACCCUCGCAGCUCUGACAAGGAGGGUUCAACUGAUGAUGAAUCCCCCUCAUCAUCCUCCUCAGACAUCAGCAGCUACCACCAGAAAGGUUCAGAAGCUGUGGAGUGCCCAGCUGAGGUCAAAGGGACUGCACUGCCUCACAAGCUGCGCCUUAAGAACCGAGCGCUGUCCACCAUGGUGACUAAAGCACAGCUGGAGGCCGGCGUGAGUGCAUCAAUGUCUCCGUCCCCCACUCUGCCCCAGCACCCUUACCUGGCUCUGCCAAAUAGCGGGCAGGCCAGCAGUGAGAGCAGAGAGACAGAAAAUGAGGCGGAGUUUACCGAGGAGGCCAAGGCUCAGCCAGAUGAGCUGGUGGAGUCAAAGAAGCACUCCAUCAGCGGAAGAGGUGGGGGCAAUAACAGAUGUGUUUGAAAACAGCUGGGAGAUGCUCCAUUGUUCCAGUUAACAAAUAGUCAAUCUCAUUCACUUUCACUGUCAUCAACUUCCCUUUAACCUCUCCUACCUCCCACAUAUUCCUCCAGUUGAAAUCAUUUACUGAGGGAGAGAAAACAAUAAAACAUUUCUGGGAUACAUUUUUUUUUUUUUUUUUUUUUCCCAGUUCUGGCCAGCGCUCACAUUUAUUGUGGCAUUAUGAGAACAUUUGUUUGACCAAAGAAUAUUCAUUUUUCUUUAAUGCCUCCUCUUUGGGUACAGUACCAUCGUUCCUCUCUGUGAACCUCUUCACCUCUCAAGCACUUAGAUUGUAUAUUGUUGUGACAUGACGUAUAUAUUUUAAAAAGAAAAGGUGGCAAAAACAACAGAAAAAAAAUCGUUGGACGCAGAAGUCUUUAAGCACUCAGUUUGUUGUUGAGAAGACAACUCGUAAAUGCCUCAAAAAUCUCAAACAACUUACCGUUGAACAAAAAUAACAGACCCCCCCUUUACAAUUACAGAUCAACUCUGGCUCCUGUUUGGGAUGAUUUGAUCUCCUCAACACUAAAAACAUCCUAAACAGAGUCCAGUUGUCAUAUCAGUCAAGGCUAUGCAGUCUUACAAUGCUGACAAGCACAAGGUGAGCCUCCUUUGCUGCAUUUGACAGAACCCAUACACCUUUGCGUCCCGGGUGUCUAAUAAAAAAGAUGAUUCUCCCAUCGCUAACCAGCAAAGCUGCUCUCGCUUCUCAUAAGGUGCCUCUUUUAAUCGUGUCGUCUCUUCUUGUCCUCAACUCGGCCAACGUCUCAUCAAGCCCACUCACCUGUGCACUGAGCUUUAGCAGUCUACGUCAUACAGUCUAUAAAGUUCCAACAGUUUCACUUCCUGGUGCCUGCCUCUGGCCACUAUGUAUAAAUGUAAAGUUGUCUCUAUCACUUGUAUACUGCUGUUAUUUUUUUAUUAUUUUCUAUUAUAUUGGCUUAUUAUUUUGUCUAUUAUCACGUGUAAUUUUAUUGUCGUCUGUUGUCAUUUUGAUCUAUGCUCUUCCUGGUUGUGCUGUGUAUUUUCCCAUGCUAGCCCAUGCAACUAUUUGUACUCUGUGUUACUGUAUUACUUAUAUUGUUCGCCGAAACCUUUUGCGAAAAUGAGACAAAAAGAAGAUAAGCUUGUCCCUAUGUGAUCAUCUAUGACUAUACUUCACAUGGAUUUGCGCAAUGGUUGGGGGGGGGGGAGAAAAAAAAACCUUAUUUUUGAUUGUAAAGGUUGGGAAAAGGGCAAGGAAUAAAAGGUUGUUGAAAUGUUUUUCUGAUUUGACUGAUAUUUCUCAGCUUCCAAAUGCUCAGGCAGCAACAUGGUAGUCUUCAAAGGAACACAGACGGAGAAACAGUGUUUCAUCUUUUCAACGCAUAUUGUUUUGAGAAGCCAAACUCUUAAAUGGCUCCACCAACUACUUUCCUCAUCACCAAAAUCUCACUGGACGAGGAGGGGGCGUGUAAGUCAUUGUUGAUGCACUACACUGAUGGGGACAUCGUACAACUUGGUCAAAAAAUUCCAAUUAUCCCUUUAAUGUUGAAAACAAAAUUUAAAAUGCCUUUAAUAACUGUGAAAGUC